AUUUUCUGACAAUCCUCCACGAGUUAUCUUAAAACUUAAUUGAAAACAAUCUUUUUGCUUUCUUUAUAGAAUCAUCCAUGUAAAAGCGUGCGCUUUGAGCCCUCUUCGGAAUAUUUCCAACUCUGUGGUCACACCCUAUGAUCGUGGGUGUUGAGUGUUGCGUUUUGUUGAGGAGAUUUCAAAGUAUCUUAAUGUCAGUCAUAAUAUUAGCUGCUCAGAGUUACUCGGAAAAAGAGCAAUGCUGCCUUUCCUUCUCUACAGUGUGAGUUGUUGCUUUGUUCCACUUUUGCACUGAUGAUUAGCUAACAUGUUAUGACUGGGCCCAAUCACUGGAGUUAAAAUAUGACGGCUUCAGGUACAUAGUAAGGCUGUGUAGUAACGCAUAGUCUAUAUAUCUGCAUCAAUGUAUUUUUUAAAUGAAUUAAUUUUUUUUUUUUUUUUACUAAAUUCGACCUGUGAUUAGUCUGAAUGGUAGAAAGAGUUUAAUUACCAAACCAUCCCAACUAAAUUCAUCAAAAAUUAGUCUGCACAAAUUAAAUACAAAUUCACCCUGAUAACAGUAAACAAAUAGUUUGAUGCAGAUUUAUAGGAGAUGCUAAUAUCUACACAGGCCUACAUACUGAUUAUAUCUCCAGUCCAUUUGUCCAUUUGUGAUUUAUUCAAAAUUAGCUGUGGGAAAUUGACAAAUAUUAUUGUGUAACAGUUUAUGAGAUGAAUCAUCAUCAAUUUGCAAAUUCUGACAUGUUAAUGGUUUGGAGGAAGUAAUUACUGGAGUUAACUGAGAAAGAUCAAAAUAAUUAUAAAUUGUGCUGAAAGUAGCUAUGCAUAAUGUUAUGUUUGAGAGAUGUUUAUUUGGAAUUUUUUCUAUAAUGGUUAAAAUUGUAUUGUGAAGAAAUUCAUAAAGUACUUACUAAAUGAUGAUCUUCUAAUUUAGCGAGACGCCAUUUCCUCUCCUGCCUACCAGUUAUCUGGCUGCUCCCGGAGAGCGGCUGCUCUCUGGGAGUUUAAGUGAUUUAUUAAGGUGCACAUUUGAACAUGAACCAGAGAGUCAAGUAUUUAGGGUCUGAGUCUUCUUUGCCAAAGGAGCUACAGUAGCCAGAGUCGUACACAAUGAAGAAGUAAAAUUAUUAACAAGAUAAUCAACCUCUGUGGGAUUAGUGUUCAGGUAGCUGCUCUGCACUGUCUUGGUACAAGGCCACAUCGAUGUUAUUGUUUAACCACAGCAACAAAAAUCUUGUGAUGCAUGUCAGCUGGCUCAUCAUGAAAUCAAGCAAAACUUCUACUCAACCAUACAUAAAAUUGGGAACAUUAUAAUGAUUGCUGUGAAAUAUUAGCUUGAUAUGUUAUAUACCUUUGAAGAUACAUUUAUUUGAAAAAUGCUCUGUCGACACACUUUCAGACUUUUCUUUCACAUAUUGAAAUCUGUGGUAAUGACAUGUACAUAGCAUGGGGAAACAGUUGGCUUGAGCAACUUUUACCACAAAAACGAAAAUAUCAAUAAAUUGUCCUGUCCACAAAGAAUAAAAUACUGGCGUUAAUUAGUUAGUUAAGUUAAUUAUGUGCCUAUUUUUCAUUUUCAAGACUUGAGUCACUCCAGUCUCAAAUCAUCAUAACUUUUAGAAUAUUUUGUGCUCCGCCAUCUCUGAUUUUAUGGUCCAAAGUUUAAAUAUUUAGUAAACAAGGAUUGCUGAUAAUUUUACCUUUGUACAUAUUUUUAAAAAGGCCCACCAAACCACUUUCAAGCCAUUUUUCUUGCACAUUGAAAUUGGAGUAAAUUUUUGAACACGACUGUCUCAGAAACUAAUAAAGGUAAAUGCAGAAAUGUUCAUAUUUGACAUAUUUGCUCAAUACAGUUUGAAAGUAAAGUGAAAGCAGGAUUUUCUUCAUUUUGUGCCCAAAACUUUCUUAUUACUAGGAGGAUUUACCUCAUUAUAAGACAAGCAAAAUUCAUAUAAUUGAUUAAUUAUAACUAAGGGUGUCAGUGUUGGCAAGUAAAUAUUAUUAUGUACAUGAAUCUUCCAGUGUGGUAGCCAAAAUAGAAUUAUUCGCUUCUGAAAACUUUUACAAACUGUUGAUAUUCUUUAAACUCAAAAUUUAUUGACUUUCUUUUGUCUUUUCAUAAGAUUAAACUGGAACCAGAUUUCUCAUUACUUGGCUAAUUUCAGUGAUUUGUCUUUCACAGGUAAUCUGAAGAAAAGAUGGAUAUUAUCACUCAGCUGCAACAGGCAGUUUCUGUUAGUGGGGCAGCAGUCCCCCCACCAACAGAAACACAUCCUAUAGUCCAGUGCAUAACUAAGAAUGACCUCAAAAACCUCAAGAAAUUACUGAAGGAAAACAAUAUUAAUGGAGUUUACCCCUGUAAAGAGUGUAGGGAUUACAUAACCCCAUUGAUUGCUGCUGUUAUUAAUAACAACAGAGAUAUAAGUUAUUACCUUUUGCAUCAGGGUGCAGACCCAAAUAUACCUUCUAAAGUCCGCUGGACACCUUUGCAUUAUGUCUCACUGUCUGAAGCACUACCUGAUUUUGUGGAUCUAUUGCUUGCAGCAAAAGCUAAUCCAGAUGGAUGGAGUCCUACUCCUCUGCAACAACAAAAAUUCACACCAAUGCAACUUGCAGCCAUUAAAGACAGGGAGGAUAUCAUGAAAAAACUCAUCUCUGCUGGUGCUAUGGUGACACUGCUGCCCAAUGGUGAUUUUCAGUCACUUAUUAACAGUAGAAAAAUAUCUCAGAUGGUUAAUCACCUUGCAGAAAAUGGAGAUGAAGUGUGUUCCCAAAUCAGAUAUUUUUUGAAUAUGGACAUUGCUCUUUUGGAAAAAAAACCUGAAGAUGUGUUCAGAAAUUUUAACAGCCACAUGCUGUUGGAACAUCCUCAGUUCCACCUGACCAUGAUUGAACUUCUCUUUACUGUUUCAGGGCCUGAUGCAGAAAAAUAUGGCCAUUCGUGUAUUAAAUGGCUAAAGGAAACUGAAAAUGUAAAUACAUACAUUGCAGGUGCAGCCAUUCGCCUUUCAAACAUUCCUAAGACACAUGUAGGGAGCGCAGUCUAUAGUUUAAACCGAGUUUUCUGCACAAUGGAAGACAUAACAAAUGAGCAUGCAGUAGCUAUAGUUCCACAAGCACUGAAAGUGCUUUGCUUAAAAGAGAGACCUGACAUCUGUGAAUCAGUGCUACAAACAUUGUAUGUGAUAACACAGAAAACAAAAGGCACAAAGGACUGGCACGUCAACUUUUUAGAGAACUUAUGCAGAAUAGUUGCCCCUUUUGUAAAUGAGCAACACUCCACUAAGAUCAGGAUUUACACGUACGCUAUAUUUGGAAACCUGGUGUCAGUUGAACAGACAGCAAAUAUUUUUACGUCAGUGGGCAUAACUUCAGUGCCCGAGGACAUACUGACAUCUGUAGCAAUGGAAAUGGAUGACAGUCUGAAAAAGGUGGUGAGAGGUCUGAAAGAAUAUCUGAGCAAACCAAACUCAGAAUGUGAGGGAAACACAGCCUCAACUUUAGGGAGGAAGAAGAAAAAGAAGAAGAAAAAGAAGGAAAAGACAGAAAACCCAAAUGCUGAAGUUUCGACUGCAGCAACUGAACUAACAACAAAGCUUUCUGUUGUAGAAUCAACUUCAAAUGUAAAGCCUUUUGACUACAGCAUCAUUGAAAAAUCAGAAAAACGAAACUGGGAUCCAGUCAGCAAGAGGUGGAAGGACAAACUGGAGAUGCUUGCUGGCUCAGAUGACAGUAAAAUAUCCAGAAUCAGAAGCAUUAUUUAUGUGAAUGAUGCAGAAUUCAGAAUAGCGAAGGGAAGUGAUGCUACUGAAGUCUUCUUGGGGCUGAGAGAGGACGGCACAGAAGUUGCCAUUAAGAGAAUGUCUAAAAGCAACUAUGACGAGCUGAAGAACGAAGAAGUAAUUCUACGACAUCCAGAACUUGAUCAUCCUUAUAUCGUACGAUAUGUUGAUGCUGCAGAGGACGAGAACUUUGGAUAUCUUUGUCUGCAACUUUGUGAAUACACCUUGGAAGAACAUAUCAAGAAUGAUGACCAUGACCCACAGAUGUUAAAGGAACUUGUAAAACAAAUUCUUGAAAGUCUAAAGGUGCUUCACUGUGGAAAUCCUGAAAUUAUUCACCGAGAUCUCAAACCCCAGAACGUUUUGAUUGAUGUUACUGGGAGGGCAAGAUUAGCUGAUUUUGGCAUAAGCAGACGCUUACCCAAAGGCCAAACAACUUUACUUACACGCAGUGCAGGAACCAGAUGCUGGAUGGCCCGAGAGACUUUAGCAGAAGAAGCAGAAGAAUCUGCAUCAUACAAGAAAAGCACUGACAUACAGGUGGCUGGGAUGCUGAUUUAUUAUAUCCUGUCUGGAGGGAAGCAUCCAUUUGGUGACUUGAACGUUAAACCCUUUAAAUGUGAGUUAAACAUUUACUAUGGGAAGUACAGUUUGGAUCAAGUUCAAGAUGUGGUGGCAAAGGAUCUCAUAGAGUGGAUGAUCAACAAAGAGCCAAAGGACAGACCCACAGUAGAAGAAUGCUUGGACCAUCCCUUCUUCUGGAAUUCUGAAAAGCAGUUGGAAUAUUUGAGAAAGACUGGCAACAGGGAGGAGGUGAAAAAAACUAAUGAAAAGCUGAUUGCUUCACUAGAAGCAUAUGCUAAUGGAUCCUUCAACAUGUGGAAAAAUAAGUUUCACCAAGAGCUGGUUCAGAAGAUGGAAGAGGUCAGACCACCAUACUCUGAAAACACACUGGGGUUACUGCGCUUUAUACGCAAUUUCAUUGAGCAUGAGUAAGUUAAACUAAAUGAAAAGUGAUGUAAUUCAUGAACACACAUAUUUAUAUGUGUAUAUCUGUUAAUUUCUUGUAACUAUAUGCACAUAUCACAAAUAUUUCUGAUACUAUGACAGAUUUGGAAGCUUACUUGUUAUUGUACUUAUAAAGGUGAUGCGCUCCCCCUUUGUGAGUGUGGACGCUUCAUCUCUUUGCUCUUUAAAUGCUUUGCUUCUUUUAUUGAUUUUUAUGCUGAUUUUUUCCCUUUUUUCCGUAUGAGCUUACCUGCGAUAGCUUCUGGACACUUAUAGAUCAUUAGGACUAAAGUGUUCUUAACAGAAACAGCAACAUUUUUAUAGUUAC